UUCAAAAGCUUCGUGCCAAACCAGCCACAAUUUUUUUAUUGACCAACUGUUCAAAUAAGCUUCACUUUCCCAUCUUGAGAAGAUAUUUUCACAUUAAAACCUUAGUUCAUUUUCCCAUCUUCACAAUUUUAUGAUCUAUAGCACAUCUCUUGAUUUUGCAAGUUGUUAGCAGAAAAAAGAAAACAUGGGUAUUAUUAAGAUCAAUCAAACAUUCAGAAGCCAAGUGACUCCUGCCAGGAUGUUCAAGGCCUUGAUCCUUGACUCUCAUAACCUCGGCCCGAAGCUCAUGUUUUCAUCCAUCAAAAGUAUUGAGUUCAUUGAAGGGGAUGGAGAUGUUGGUAGCAUCAAACAGAUCAACUUCACUGAAGCUAGCCCUUUUAAAUAUGUGAAACAUCGGAUCGAUGAGCUUGACAAGGAGAAAUUCAUGUGCAAAUAUACUUUGAUUGAAGGCGAUGCGUUGACAGACAAACUUGAGUUUAUCAGCUAUGAGGUCAAAUUUGAAGCAUAUGGUUAUGGAGGCUGCAUCUGUAAGAUGACAAGUGAAUACAAAGCUAAAGAAGGUAUAGAGAUAAAACAAGAAGAUAUUGAGCUUGGAAAGGAUAGAGCUAUUGGCAUGUAUGAAGUUAUAGAAGCAUACCUUAUGGCACAUCCUCAUGCCUAUACUUAAAGAUAUGUAAUUUUUUCAAUAAAUGACUUUAAUCAAACUAUCCAAGGCAAAUAUUUUGGUGGGGAUA